GGACAGUAUCAGAUCAUGAAGGCAACUGUCAUGAGGCUGACUUGGGUGUUGACUUCAGAGCAACAGCAUAAUGUCACAGUGAGAGUGUGUCACUCCACAUCUCUUAACUUCGGGGGGAAAUGCCCACAACAAUCAUUAACGGGUUUUGUUAUGACCUGCGCUCUCCACUCUGCUCUGAUUUUAAUUCCUGACAAAAUGUACCUGAGAUAUCUUGGAUUUGUUCUUCUCGUUUGGUUUGCAGGAGCACUACACGCGCAAAGUGCAGCUCAGCCUUGUCAUGCCCCCCGACUGGAUAAUGGUUAUUUUGUCCCUGAACAACAUAUGUAUGCUCAUGAAUCUAUGCUCACGUAUGCCUGUGAUAACAAACAUAAACCAGUAAUAGAGAAUUGGUGGGCAAAAAUUACAUGUCAAAAUGGCAACUGGUCCCACAAGCCACAAUGUAUAGACGAAAAAGCCUGCUUUGCUCCAACUAUCCCCAAUGCAAAUUACACUAAAAACCAAGAUGGUUGGUAUGAGGAAGGAUACAAAAUAAGGAUAACAUGUGACACAGGAUAUGAACCCAAGAACAAUGAUGCUACAGCCAUAUGUACAAAUGGAACAUGGUCCUCUGUGCCAGUCUGUGAGAAGAGUAUCUUUGCAUGUGGUGAGCCCCCUCAAUUUCCCCAUGCUGUCAUCAUUCAUCAUUAUCAGGAGGUGUUUGCUGUAGAUUCAGAAGUGCAAUAUGAAUGUGAAGAUGGGUAUACUGUAGAGGGAGCAGAAAACAAAAAAUCAAUCUUAUGCAUAUCUGGAGUCUGGACUGAAGGCCCAACGUGCAGCAGGGAGACAGAAGCAGGUACUGGAUCCACAGUGGAAGGAACAGACAGAGAAACCAGACCAAGUACUAGAGGUACAUCUGACAGUGGGACACCAUCUACAGGUGGAGGAUCGUCUACCAGCUCUUUCUUGAAUGGGAGAGACAGUACACCUCUUAUGACAACAGUCAAUAACUGUGGAGCAUACCCAGUCGUUCCAAACAGUGUUGCUGUCAAAGAAAGUGAAUAUAUUUUGAAAUAUCAGUGUAAUAACUAUUACAAACACGAUGGUCCAGAAACUGUGAUGUGUCACAGUGAUGGUAGCUGGUCAGAACUACCUGUCUGCAAAGAGGCAUUCUGUACCCUGAAUCCUGGUCGAUAUGUACGGAGUUAUGUUAAACUGUCUGCAGUUGAGUAUAUUCCGGAAGGCGAGACUAAGCAAUUUCCAUGUAUUGGUUAUCAUUAUCACACCAGUAUUGCUCGGUGCACUCAAGGAAGAAUAACUUUAAGUUAUUGUUGUACAUGGGACGACCGUAUUUAUAGAGGUUGCGGCGACUUCACAGCAGAGUAUCUCGGGUAUAACUGACAACAACAGCCAACUUGUGGAUGAAAUGAACAUGACCAGGGAGUUUGCAACUGGCUGCUGGACUAACAACAAAGGCCAAGUUUAGCAUUACCUCCAUCAGAAAACAACAACGCCCAAAACAUGCAGUCACAUUUUAUUUGUUGUUUUAACCAGCUUCAUGUCAUUUUGAUGGAAAACACAUGAACACAACAUUGGAGCCGAUUAUUCUUUGACAGUUAGUUUGAAUCUUUAUGAUGAGAAUAACAUGAUCAAUGUUUUGAGGACAUAAAUAAAGUUUAGAUGCACUACAGUAUUCUGAAUAAAAUGUUGACCAAAAAUCUUAACAAAAA